AUGGCUGCCACUAAGUGGGACGUAUUCAGGGGCCGUGACGCCGAAGAGCAGCGAGUGCUAGGGCUGGCGCUGCGUAGCCUGGCGCACGCGAACGGGGCACACCUGGCAUACCUGGGCGGGCUGCAGCCAGGGGGUGGAGCGGGCGCCGAGGGCGUGCGGGACAGCCGCAUCAUGGCAGGUUCGGCUGGUGCCCAGCAGCAGGCGGUGGCGUUGGAGGGCUUUGUCAAGCUGAUCAACCACCUGGUGUUUGUGGGGCUUGACAAGAAAAUGUGA